AUUCCGUAAUUAUAGAAAACGUGAACACGUUUUUCUGUGUAGUGACUGAAACUUGCGAUGAUUAUAAGUUAGAUAUUUACAUGCGACACACUUAGGUAAUACUUACCUAUAAGACAGAUAUUAUACGCCUUGAUUUGAUUUAAUUGUUCUUGAAUGUUGCAAGAAACUACUGCAUAAGUCUAAGUCAAUAAAAAUUAAGUUUUAGAUUACAUAAUGGGUAGUCCUAGCUGUAAAUGUGACAUGGAAGGUGUGCUUGUUGGCAUUGGGAACCCACUGCUAGAUAUUUCGGCCAUUGUUGAUGAGGAAUUGCUGAAGAAAUAUGAUUUGCAUCCUGAUGAUGCUAUAAUGGCAGAACAAAAACACAUGCCCUUGUACAAAGAACUGACAGAGAACUAUAACGCGGAAUUUAUAGCUGGUGGCAGUGUACAGAAUUCUCUUCGUGUGGCGCAAUGGAUUCUUAAAAAACCCAAAGUCUGUACAUAUUUUGGUUGCGUGGGGAAUGAUAAAUUUGCACAGAUACUCAAGGAAAGAGCAGAAGCGGACGGCGUGCGCGUGCUGUACCAGGUGACGUACGAGGCGGCAACGGGCACCUGCGCCGUGCUGGUGACCGGCGCGCGCCGCUCGCUCUGCGCCAACCUGGCCGCCGCGCAGCGCUUCACGCCCGACCACCUCGCCAGGCGCGAGUGCCGCGACAGCAUACGUGCCGCGCGCUUUUUAUACGCCUCGGGCUUCUUUGUUGCGGUGUCACCUGAGUCGAUAAUGCAGCUGGCGGAACACGCGCACAAGAACGGGCUUACUUUCAUCAUGAAUCUUAGUGCACCCUUCGUCUCGCAGUAUUACAAGGACCCCUUGGAGAAGAUGAUACCUUAUGUUGAUGUCUUGUUUGGAAAUGAGACUGAAGCUGAAGCAUUUGCCAAGGCAUUCAACUUAACUGGCAAGAAUCCAAAGGAAAUCGCAGAAAAUAUUGCAUCACUCCCCAAACUAAAUAGUUCAAGACAGAGAGUAGUUGUAAUAACACAGGGUAGCGAACCGGUUAUACUUGUGGAAGGUGAUAAAGUAUCACAAAUACCGGUCAAGAAGUUGUCUAAAGAGCAAAUUGUGGAUACGAAUGGAGCAGGGGACGCCUUCACAGGCGGUUUCCUCAGUCAAAUGGUAUUAGGCAAGCCAUAUGAGACUUGUGUGAAAUGUGGUAUUUAUGCAGCUUGCCAUAUCAUUCAACAUUCUGGUUGUACUUUUAGCGGGGAAAGCAACUUCCAGGAGAGUUAAAAUUGUGCGAGAUGUAUUUCCGAACACACUGUCACCCAGGUAACUCAAGAGAGUAAUGUAGAAACAGCUUUAUCUUCUAAAAUUGUGAUGCCGGGAAAUCUAUGAACCGGAGGAUCAUCUAAACUAAACGUGAAUGCAAAAUUUCAGUUUAAUCGAAAAUCAAGAACUUUUUGUAUGGAGAAUGGGUGUACACGUCCCUAGCUGUCCCGACAAAGGUCGACUAUACAGGGGCCCAUACAGCUAUAGACUCGACGGAUAACUAAGGACGGGGCCCAAAUGGCCUAUGGACAAUUGACCUACACGAUAUAGAUAAGGCUAGGUAAAUAAAUAGUACGUACCUGAUCAGAGGCGAAGACUGGACACAAGGCUCGGUCAGGCGGUAGGUGUAAUGUUUGUAAGUGGUGUUUAGUGGUGUGUUUAUAUAUGUGGGGCCUGACUUAACCCUUUUAGUCGGCAGCAACCCUGACUCCGGUACCGCCCCACGUUGUGAUAUUCUCCAGCGGCGUCACCAAUGGACAAUUUCUUGCUUCAAUUCACUAUGUCAGUCUAUGAACUUUAUUGUACAUUUAACUAACUUCAAAACUCAACUAAAUCCCGUUAAUUAUAAUCAGAAACGUAACACGCGGCACGACUGAUGAACGGUGGGUCAAAGUUUACUUCCGUUCACUCAGCAACAAAUUAUUUCAAGAACCGAACGCGACCUUCUAAGGCACUUAACGCAACGGUACAAUUAAACAUUAACUUCCAAACAAUAAAUCAACCCGGCGUCUAAUUUUCUAGACUCCAUAACUUCUCGUCGUUGCAUAAAUUUGCUAACAAAAGCGACACAAUCAGAGGUUAUUAUGUACGUGAUCACGCGGCCCGAGUAGACUCACAGCAAUACUUGGACAACCUAAUCCGAGGCGGUCUUCACGAAACACAAUUUAAGUAGUGAAGUAACGCGCACAAAAACUGAAAAACUAGACAAAAACAAACAAACAAACCCCCGUCCCGGACAUAAGGACUUAUGUCCGCGAGCAAAACCGGCAAGCGGGACAGGGUCGCGACGGCACGUUGCAAAACCGAAUCUACAACCAAACUAGGCCACCUUAGGCACUCCAUCAGAUCUUGCAACCUUAACCACCGCCUCAAAACACCAUGUGUAUUUCCAUUGUACGCCGUGUGUAUUUCCAUAAAAUAGUUUAUUAAUGUUGAAAAAAUAAUACUACGUUCGUACAGUAGGUGGCGUCUUGCAUAUUUCUUACGCGAUAUAUUGUAGCGAGUUGGCGCGGCGGACCAAAUGCUCAAGGUCAUUCGCAUGGAGUAACCCCCCUUAAGAGGCUACAAAAAUACUUUAAAAAAUAAUUUAAGUACACUUAAUUUUAAGGUUGCCACAUGUAUUUGACAUUGGAGUUUACUAGAGUCCACCAAUUUGGAUCCUCUAGUACUAUACAGAAAAGAUGUAAUAUUCAAACAAUUUACUUCAAAGUUCAGUCUAAUUACUAACUCAACUUUUAUUAAAAUUAAAGGCCAUACGUUAACUUCCUGAGAAGCUGUUUGUAUGGAGAUUUUGAGUUUUGUCGGGAGUCUGGAGAUCAUUUGAAAUGUCGGGAGAAUCCAGAUGAAUCCCGACCAUCUGGCAACCCUAUGCGGUUUAGAUGCAUGAACGCAUAGAUCACAGACUAAUAUGAUGCUUACGCAUAGUGUUCAUAGAUAUAGUAUUAAAAUCCACUGGAGUAUAUACUAUAUCUAUGAUAGUGUUUAAUACUAUCUAUGCAUGAACGCCUAUUUUCGUUACAGAGUACAGCUGAUGUGGCUUGCACCACAGAACACUAAUACCCUUAGGCGCGCUUGCACAGAGUUUGACGUUAUCUGUUUGUGCACCUAUCAUUGAAUAAUUUGAAUUUUACUUUUUGGUAAUUGAGUAUGUACUUAGGAAAUAUGUUAAUUUAAUAAAGAAUUGUCGUUCUGAAAGGUUAAUUUAUAAAUAAUUAUGAUACUUAAUUAUUUUCUCUUUGUUGGUUAGUAAUAAGUAGGUUAUUACGGUAGUAGUAGAAGGCACUGGUUGAUUGAUUCAUGAUUGUUUUGUUUUGUCUCAUAGAUUUAUUAAAAUAAGCUUAGGGUAUAUUUAUGGUAUGUAGAUAUAUAAUCUUUCGUCUUUCCACUUCUACAAUUAAAAUUUCUUUUUUGAUUGAUGCAUAAUCGUUUUGUUUUGUCUCAUAGGUUUAUAAAAAUUUUUUUUUAACGUGGUAAAGCCAUGCUGCAGCUAUAUUACAUAAACACUCACGCCUGUCACCCAGAGGGGUAGGCAGAGACUAUGGACUUCUAUUUGGCACGAUCCUGACACACCUCUCUCGCUUCCUCCACAUCCAUAUACCUACGCAUACACGCUCGUCGGUUAAAGGUACUCUUGACCUUGUCCAUUUUCAUAUAUAUCCAAAAUUUGGUCGAUAAACUUUCGCCUAGAGCGUCCCUUCCCGACUCUGCCGUUCACCUCUGCAACAUAAAUUUGCUAUCACUCUUUCCUUCUUCUUUCUACAUGACCAAACCACCGAAACAUUCCUUUCUUAAUACUGGUCACAACAUCAUCUUGCAAACCACACUCUUCUCUUAUCACACAAUUUCUCACUCUGUCAUUCAGAUUUAUCCCUAACAUACUCCUUAAUGUGCGCAUUUCUACAGCAUUUAUUCUACUCUCGUGUUUCUUCUGCCACACCCAAUUUUCACUACCAUACAUUAAAGUAGGGACUAACACAGCAUCGUGAAUUUCCAUACGUGCCUUUUUGGACAUAUUCUGACUUCUCUCAGCAGGGUGUAGCCCCAUUCACUCUAUUUCCUGGGUUCAAUCGUCGUUCUAUAUCCUUAUCAUAUUUACCAUCCCUGCUAAAUACACAACCCAAAUACACAAACUCAUCUACUUGCUCGACUAACUCCUCUUCUAUUCUUAUUUCACAUAUCGUUUUACUUUCUUCUCUUUCAAAAACCAUCACUUUCGUCUUACUUGCGUUCACUUUUUAUAUUAAUAGUGUAGUUGUAACGCUGGGGAAGGACUACACUCUCACACAAUGCCAGCGUAAAAUAGCAGGUUAAUGCCACAACAACAACUUAAAACUCUUAAACUAUUUAUGUAAGAAAUGUAACUAUGUAAAAAGUGGGAGAAAUAAAUAAAAAAAAAUAUUAAUGCUGCUGUGUUUCGUAUGGUGAGUGUAGAGAUCCGGAGACCCUUUUUUACUGGAAAAGAGGUAUUCUAUCUUAGCCCUCACGAGUGACAACGCAUCUGCAUUAUGAUUCUUUAUUGAGGAUAGAUGUGGAUAUCUAUGGGUCACAACAACCACUUACCAUCAGGUGGACUGUAUGCUCGUUUGUCACCCUAUCCUAUAAAAAAAAUAGGAUAUGUACAUGGUAUAGCUUCAUUCUUUUUUCCGCUUCUUAUAGUAGAUAAUUAUUUUGUUAAAUUCGUAGUUAAUUACGAAGUACGUGGGGAGGUGUGUAAUUAAAAUUUCUUUUUUGUUUUCUUUUGUCUGUAUAGGUCUGUUUACAUAUUUAGUGUCAUAAAAAAUUAAGUUUAUGAUUGCUUUACUUUACUUUACUUUUACUUGUAAAUACUUAUUUUAAUAAAUAUUGUCGCAUGUAAGUACCAACAAAACGAUGUUGCACGACCUAAGACAGUAUCAUGUAUGCAAUUUUAUGCAUUCAGGCUUACAGAACAGAUGAUAUGAACAGUCUGCAUUAUUUCAGAGGAUUUUGAAUCAAUAUUUUGUUGAUAUGGCGGUAAAAUGAUAUCUGAAAGACUUGAUUUUAUCAGGAGAAAUAAAAAAAAAUGAGGGCUGAUGAAUAUAUGUAUACACCUGCGAGAUGCAGUUGCCAAUAAUGUAAGUGUUAAUGCGCCUAAUAUUGGUCAGUAUGUGAUAUUACCGUCUUCAUUUACAGGAUCUCCGCGAUAUAUGAAUGAAAAGAACCAAGACGCAAUGACAUAUGUUAGAAACUUUGGGAGACCAAAAUCACCUUCACCUGCAAUCCAGAAUGGAAAGAAAUAAAUAUUGAGUUAUUUCCAAAUCACAAGAUAGACAGGAUUUGGUUUCAAGAGUUUUUCAUUUAAAACUCAAGACAAUGAUGGACUUAUUGACAAAAACAUAUAUUUUUGGCACAACUAAGGCUUUUAUUUAUAGUGUAGAAUGGCUAAAAAGAGGAUUACCACUUGCGUAUAUUUUGCUAUGGCUAACAAACAAAGUUCAAACAGAUUCUAUAGAUGGUAUUGAAGUAACCUAUGUACUUGUAGGUGAUAUUCGAUGUAUUAGAAAGUAAGCAGUAUUAAAUAAACACUCGAGUUG